AUGAAUGGGGGAGACAUCAAGCAGGCCGUGAUUAACAAGGGAAAACAGAUGGCCAGCGUUGCCUCCGCCGCCGCCAAUGGCAACGGCGGCAAGAAGAGGAGGAAGGGCACCGAUUUGAAGCCGAUUGUCACCAACGAGGCCCAGGACGCGACUGCGAAUUCGUCGUCGAAUCCCGCCGCGCCCGCUCAGGGCUCCGUCGCGUCGCCCCUGUCCCAUCAGAAAAUGCCGCUGUCGUCGCGCUCCGGCUCGUCCUCGUCCGGAGAGGAGCAGGACGCCACCGCCGAUGAAGAAGACUCAGAAGACUACUGCAAGGGCGGCUACCACCCCGUCCACGUCGGCGAAACCUACAACAACGGCCGGUACGUUGUCGUGCGGAAGCUCGGAUGGGGUCAUUUCUCGACGGUCUGGCUGUCGCGCGACACCACCAACGGCAAGCACGUCGCCCUCAAAGUCGUGCGCUCCGCUGCCCACUACACCGAGACUGCCAUCGACGAGAUCAAGCUGCUCACCAAGAUCGUGCAGGCGAACCCUGCCCAUCCCGGCCGGAAACACGUCGUCAGCCUGCUGGAUUCCUUCGAGCACAAGGGCCCCAACGGCGUCCAUGUGUGCAUGGUGUUUGAGGUCCUGGGCGAGAAUCUGCUGGGCCUGAUCAAGCGCUGGAACCACCGGGGCAUCCCCAUGCCCCUGGUCCGCCAGAUCACGAAACAGGUCCUGCUCGGGCUGGACUAUCUGCACCGCGAGUGCGGCAUCAUCCACACCGAUCUGAAACCCGAAAACGUGCUCAUCGAGAUUGGCGAUGUCGAGCAGAUCGUCAAGACCUAUGUCAAGGAUGAGGACAAGGUGGACAAGGAAAAGGACGACAACCGGAACGGCCGCCGACGGAGACGCACCCUGAUCACCGGCAGCCAGCCGCUGCCCAGCCCGCUACACACCAGCUUCAGCCAUAUGGACCUGUUCAAAUCGAGUAGCUCGCACAGCAGUCUCAACCAGAUGUUAAACGAGGAUCAUCCCAAAUCAAUGAAGGAUUCAUUGGGCAUCAAGGAAAAUCAAAACAUUCCCACCAUUCCCGAGGACGAAAAACAAAAACAGCGCGAGAAGACGACAGACAUUCUAGAGAGAGAAGUAUCCGGCAUCUCGCUGGACAAAACCCCGUCCGAGUCCCCUGCCAAAGACCCUGCCAGCGACAUCAUUUCCGUCAAGAUUGCAGAUCUAGGAAACGCCUGCUGGGUUGGCCAUCACUUUACAAACGAUAUCCAAACACGGCAAUACCGGUCACCAGAGGUCAUUCUCGGUGCCAAGUGGGGGGCGAGUACUGAUAUUUGGAGCAUGUCUUCUAUGAUUUUUGAACUCAUUACCGGAGACUACCUCUUCGACCCCCAAUCCGGGACGAAAUACGGAAAAGACGACGACCAUAUUGCACAAAUCAUUGAGCUCUUAGGACCGUUCCCCCGGUCUUUGUGUCUGUCAGGGAAGUGGUCGCAGGAGAUAUUCAACCGCCGGGGCGAGCUACGAAACAUCCACCGUCUCCGACACUGGGCAUUACCCGAAGUCUUGCGCGAAAAGUACCAUUUCACGGUAGAAGAAAGCAAGCGCAUCAGUGACUUUUUGCUGCCGAUGCUGGAGCUGCUGCCCGAGGACCGGGCCAAUGCAGGUGGCAUGUCGAGCCACGCAUUUCUCGACUCUACCCCGGGCAUGAACAAUGUUGACCUGGACAUCACCCCGGGCACACGAGGCGAGAACAUUGAAGGCUGGGCAGCGGAAGUGAAGAGACGGUAA